AUGGGGGAAGAACAUGAAAUUGAAGUAAAGUUGAAAGAAAAGAAAGAUGAGUGUGAGAGUGAAUCCACUUCAACUAAAGCUAAAGCUAGUAAGGAAGUAAAUGAAGAGAAAGAAGAUAAAAAGAAAAUAGAAGAGAAAAAUGUGCCUCCUGCACCGUACAAGCCACCAUUGCCCUUUCCUCAGAGGUUGGAAGAUUAUGAAACUGUUGCACUUACUGAGGAGUGCAGUGCUAUAUUGCAGAACAAGCUCCCACCUAAGCUGAAAGAUCCUGAAAGCUUUUCCAUACCAUGUCACAUUGGAGAAACAAGUAUUGAGAGAGCAUUAUAUGACUUGGGGGCUAGUGUUAGCUUGAUGCCACUUUCCAUAUGUGAGAAGUUAAAGGUUGGAGAUCUAAAGCCCACAACUAUUUCUUUGCAGUUAGCUGACAGAUCUAUAAAGUAUCCAGUUGGGAUUUUAGAGAAUGUACCAUUAAAAGUUGGGAAGUUUUUCAUUCCAGUAGAUUUUAUUGUACUAGAGAUGGAGGAGGAUGUAAGAACGCCCAUCAUACUUGGAAGGCCAUUUUUAGCCACUGCAGGAGCUAAUAUAGAUGUAAAGAAUGGGAAAUUGAAAGUUGUGAUGGGGAGGAGGAAAUAG